AUGUUUUUGAAACCGCCAUCAUUUCACCCAACUACAAUGUUCUUCUUUUGCCCUUCUUACCACGUCGCCGACGGGCGCUGUAGAGUGAACGAUUCAGAAGUCUGGAUUGUUUUUUUUACUGGGAAAUUUCUAUUAAUAUCGCCCAGCAAACCUGUCAAUGCGAUGAGAUUGCCCAAUCUGGACCAUGUCCGGGAUGCGAUGUCCAAUGAUGUUUCUCGUUGUUUAUUUUGCUUUUUCUUGGACAGAUUGUCUCGCGGCCCCUGCAACGCCAACGACAAUGGUUCAUUGUCGAGGUUUUCCCGCCCCCAGUGUGUCUGUUGGCUUUUGAUUUCCAUUUUAUAA